AUGGCGGACGACAUGGGAUGGGCUGACGUGGGCUACCACUGCGACCACAUCCUUACCCCAAACAUCGACACAUUGGCCGCCGAUGGCGUCGUAUUAAAUAACUUCUACGUACAGCCCGCUUCCCACCCGAGUAGGGGUGCCCUACUCACCGGUAGACAUCCCAUGCAUUUUGGCUUUCAACACGGAGCACUAAUGCCUUAUAUGGCCACUGACGAGCAUAACACAUCUGAGCCACUGUUCCUAUAUAUGCCACACCAGGCCCUACACGUGUCGGUUAAUGAGUUGCCAGUGGAGGCGCCCCAGGAGUACAUCGAUAUGUUUGCGUACAUCGAGUCCGAUAUGAGGCGAGGGUUGGCC